AUGCUAUCACCAUCUUGUUUAUUUUCUUUCCUGCUGCUGUGCAAUUGUUAUAAGCGUAGCAGGAUAAUUUUCUUCGGUAUAAUCUCGCGCUUCAUUUUACGUACACAAAAUUACAAGCCCCCCUCCAUCGCAACGUCACCGCCAACGACACACUAUAAUAAUAGCGACGCCUUUUUCGUAUCGUUAGUUGUGGAGUACAGCAGAAGGAGGUUGUGGAGUUGCACUGCUGCCGCUGUAAAUCUUCCGACCAUAAAACUAGUUUACUUCCUGGUAUUAUACUGUUCAUGCAUUUCGGUAAAUGCACACCCCCCAUGGGUCUGUAAUGAGACAGAACUUGCUGUUAGUGGAGGUCCCACAGAAGAUCAUAUCACUUAUCCUACUAUUAUUGUUGGACUUCGUACAGAAGCUAAUGUCAGUGAUCCAAUCAUCAAGAACAUAUCAGCUUUUGCACUGCCUACAAUUGAUAGCAGAUUACAUGGAACUUUCAAGAUAGCUCAAAUCGUCAGUGCAGAAACUCGGACUGUUGCAGGUACUGUUUAUUACCUCCGGCUAGAAGUUUGUACCACCAACUCCAACAGGGGAGAAGAUGAUGCCAGUUCUGAGUGCAUUCAAACAGAAGAAGUGAACAAGUAUCUGUGUGACGUACAGGUGUGGGAUAGACCAUGGCUGCCUGAACGUGAAGUUACAGAACUAAAUUGCACUGCAAUAGAUGCAAGGCAGAAAAGAGAGCUUGCUGUUAGUGGAGGUCCCACAGAAGAUCAUAUCAUUGGAGGUCUUACAAAAGCUAAUGUCAGUGAUCCAAUCAUCAAGAAUAUAUCAGCUUCUGCACUGCCUACAAUUGAUAACAGAUUAGAUGGAACUUUCAAGAUAGCUCGAAUUCUCAGUGCAGAAACUCAGGUUGUUGAAGGUACUCUUUACUACCUCCGGCUAGAAGUUUGUGCCAACGCCAGCAGGGGAGAAGAUGAUUCCAGUUCUGAGUGCAUUCAAACAGGAGAAGUGAACAAGUAUCUGUGUGACGUACAGGUGUGGGAUAGACCAUGGCUGCCUAAACGUGAAGUUACAGAACUAAAUUGCACUGCAAUAAAUGCAAGACGGAAAAGAGAGCUUGCUGUUAAUGCAGGUCACACAGAAGGUAAUACCACUUAUCCUACUACUAUUCCUGGAGGUCUUACAAAAGCUAAUGUCAGUGAUCCAAUCAUCAAGAAUAUAUCAGCUUUUGCACUGCCUGUAAUUGAUAGGAGAUAUGAUGCAACUUUCAAGAUAGGUCGAAUAAUCAGUGCAGAAACUCAGGUUGUUAACGGUGUAAAUUAUUACAUCCGGCUAGAAGUUUGUAGCACCAACUCCGACAGUGGAGAAGAUGAUGCCAGUUCUGCUUGCAUUACAACAGGAGAAUCGAACAAGUAUCUGUGUGACGUACAGGUGUGGGAUGGACCAUGGCUACCUAAACGUGAAGUUACAGAACUAAAUUGCACUGCAAUAAAUGCAAGGCGGAAAAGAGAGCUUGCUGUUAAUGCAGGUCACACAGAAGGUAAUACCACUUAUCCUACUAUUAUUCCUGGAGGUCGUACAAAAGCUAAUGUCAGUGAUCCAAUCAUCAAGAAUAUAUCAGCUUUUGCACUGCCUACAAUUGAUAACAGAUUAGAUGGAACUUUCAAGAUAGCUCGAAUAAUCAGUGCAGAAACUCAGGUUGUUGAAGGUGUAAUUUAUUACAUCCGGCUAGAAGUUUGUAGCACCAACUCCAACAGUGGAGAAGAUGAUGCCAGUUCUCCUUGCAUUAUAACGGGAGAAUCGAACCAGCAAGUGUGUGAUGUACAGGUGUGGGACAGACCAUGGCUGCCUAAACGUGAAGUUACACAAGUAAAUUGCAUUCCAAUAAAUUCAAGGCGGAAAUAGAGAGGAAUUCUGCUGAAGUCACAUCAAUUUCCUUCAUAGCUACUGAUCUUAAAGAACACUGAUUUUGAUAACUUCCAGAAUAGACAUCAUAUAUUCAUACUUCACACGAAAACAGACAAACUCUUUAAAUCAGGGCCCAUUGCUAAAGUUGAUGAAACAUAGGUAUAGAGAAAUGGCAUGAUGUGGCUAAUCUACGCUUAAAUCUAGAGCAUGAAAAGAUCCAUAUACUGUGAAGAAGGAUGGAUAAAUUAAUAAAAAAAUUAAAAGCACUUUGUAACUUGUUCUUUAUAUAUUAUAAAAAAUUCAAGUAGAUUAAUGUAAAAGAUAGAAAAGAAAUAAUAAAGGAAGUUUUAAAUUACAAUGUA